AUGGCUCCCUAUCCGACGCCUCCUAAGGCAACAUUCACGUUGGAUGCACGACUGGACUGGAAACUGGAGCCACGAUCAACAGACAAUGAGUCACCACUGUCCAAGAGUCCAGCAGAAGAAAGAGCUGCUGCCUCGAUGUUUAUUGGUAUAUGUCUGGCCGUCACAUUUGUACUCGCAGCGCCUAUAGUAUGGGUAUGGCUUGCGGAUCGAAUCAGAAGGCGGAAACUCGAUCCCUUUAGGAAACUGAGGGAUCUAGAGCGCGAAAGGAAGCGCCCCGGAAUUGAUCCACCUCCUUAUGCCAAAGCACCGCCCAAGGAUUCGAUAUGGGCGAGACAGGAGAAGUAUGCAACCAAGAAACCGCCGAGAGCCAUCACGGCCGAUCAGAUUCUGGGCAUCGACAAGCGAUCCUACCUGGAACGCAUCGUCCCUCAGAGUGAAGGAUCAUCACAACUACUCACCGUAGCGCCUGCACACUUUGGCUGGGCUAGACAAGCCGCCACUUCUUCGGUGGACGAGCAAUACAUCAGCCCAUGGGACGCAGAGCAUACCCCGAAUCCAGUCAUUUUUCCAUGGCUCCAAAAGAAACGACCAUUCCAAAACGACAUCAAUAGCGAAAGCUCGGAGAGACUGCAGGUCAUGGCCAUGAGCAAUACUUCAUCACCACUUUUAGUCUCACCAGCGGGGCCCUCCUCAUAUGCUCAAGCUGACAACCCCUUCCUUGACUCCCCCACAGAAUACACAAGCUCUCCACCUGACAGUGAGCAAUCUUACGAGCCUUCAGAAACAGCUCCCAGAGAGCGUCCAUCGUCCAACCAAUUGAGCGAUCAAGCGCAAAACUCCGAUGGGUCUUCGAGCCUUUACCGAUGUGACACAUGUCAGACGACAUACCAUUCGCAGGGGCAGUUGAAGUAA